AUGCCCAUCGAUUUGCAUGACUUCUUAGCUACCACUUUGCCGCCAUCGCCGGAGCCGUCGCGGGGAGGGGUGGAGGUUUGCCACUCGUCCUGCCUCAUCGCCGGACCCUCGGGCAGCGCAAAGACGAGCGUCCUGUUCCAGUACGCCUUGCGCGCGGCACAGAAUGAUCGCAACGUCCUCCUUCUGUGCAACAAGCACGCUCUCGAGCUCAAGCCCCCCUUGCUGGCAUGCAAGAGCCAGAAGGCGGACCCUGCAUGGUCCCGCAUCUCCAUGAAGUACUUGGAAUCAGGCGAUGAGCUGGUCAGGUUCCUGGCGGGUCUCCACCUCCUCCCGUCUCUGCCGGACGCGCUCCUGGUGGAUGGCCUCCUACCCACCGGCCCGUCAUCGGUAAACUCGGGCAGCUGGGAGCGCCUGCUGUGCAGACUGAGCGCCAGCCUCGUCGAAGCCGCGGCAUUCCUCGCCAGCAAGGCCGGGGCCCAUGCCGUGGUCGCCUGCACGGCCGCCGUGGGCGGGCCAGGCGACCGGGCACUGCAGAUCCUGGAGCGUGCCUUCCCCCUGACCAUCCUCCUGACCCCUGACCCUGGUGAGGAAGCUCACAGGGGUCUGGGCCUGCAGCGUCUGCAUGCCUGGGACAUUGACCGGCCCACUCACGCAUGCUCAACCUUGCUGGGACCUCUUCAAACGUGCAGACGCGGGGCGGCAGCAGGUGGUCCACAUGUGGGCCAGGGCAGGGCCUCCAGUUGCUGCCGCCUGGCAUGGCGUGCUGACCUGCGGCCCUGGCGGGCUGUCUGCCACGCCUCUUAG